UGCUUUUCCUCGCGCGCCGUGUCUGUUCGGAGCGCUCCUGCAGUAGAUGGCUGUAAGCGCACACUGAUCCGGAGGAACGCUACUUCACCGUUCUGUCAAUAAAACACUCCAGGAGCCGAGAGAAACGCAUCACAGGCUGAUCUGCGUGUUUAUUUAAUCCACGUUCUCCCUCCGUUAGCGAGCGCGUGUCUCGGUUGGGAUUGUUGAAGCCAGAGGGACACUUGGAGAGACUUUGUUCGCGAUCGCGCCACUGGACACCUGCGCGUCCGCUUCACCUUGUGGCAAAAUGUUGCUCUGAACCACAGUGUCUUUUUCACGCAGAGUGGAUUUUUUGGGGCUCGAUCGUUCCGUGGGUCCGUGUGUGUGUGUGUGUGCGUGCGUGCGUACGCGCGCGCGUGUGUGUGUGUGUUUCUGAAGAUCAGACACGCUCCUCCUGAUCGGGUGUUUUCUCAUUGCGAUCUGUUUCCAUGUUUUUAGGUUUAUGUGAUAUUUCUAAAAAUGCAUCAUCAUCAUCAUCAUCACCAUCAUCAUCAUCAGAGAAUGGCCGCGUUAGGGACGGAUAAAGAACUGAGCGAUUUGCUGGAUUUCAGCGCGAUGCGAAACAGCGAUUUGAAAAUGUUCCCCACAUCAAUGAUGUUUUCCCCUCCUGUCAGCAGCGGGAAGAACGGACCGACGUCUCUGGGAAGCGGACAUUUCUCUGGCUCAAAUCUGGAAGACAGAGCGAGUUCGUCUUGGGGAAAUGGAGUUCGUGCAACUAAGAAUUACGCCGACGGCUCUCAGUACGGUCACAUGGCCAGUCAAGACAUGGGGUCACAUGACAGCAUCUCUCCGCCGUACACCAACUCCAGAUUAGCAGGUAAAACAGAGCGAGCAUCGUAUUCUUACGGACGGGACUCCAACAUUCACGGCUGUCAGUCGAGUCUCAUGGGAGGCGAGGUGGGGAUGGUCAGUCCGGAGACGGUGUCUCCCACCAAACUGGGCUCACAGUAUUACCAGCAUUACGCAGGAAACCCGCGCCGACGACCCCUUCACAGCGACUCCAUGGAAGUCCAGACGAAGAAGGUUCGGAAAGUUCCUCCCGGAUUGCCCUCAUCAGUUUACGCACCAUCCGCCAGCACUGCCGAUUACAACCGGGACUCACCAGGUUACCCGUCCUCUAAAGCACCGGGCAGCAGCUUUCCCAGUUCCUUCUUUAUGCCAGACGGUCAUCACAGUACAGACCCAUGGAGCUCGUCUGGCAGUAUGAAUCAGCCUGGAUACAACAGCAUGCUGGGAAACUCCACACACAGCGCUCAGAGCAGCAGCUACUGUGGCCUGCAUCCGCACGACAGACUCAGUUACCCGUCGCACUCGUCAGCUGAGAUUAACCCCAGUCUUCCUCCCAUGUCCAGUUUCCAUCGCAGCGGCGGGACGAAUCACUACAGCACAGCAUCCUGCUCCGCCACCACCAACGGGACAGACAGCGUCAUGGCGAAUCGAGCGCCGAGCGGAGCGGCCAGCAGCUCGCAGACGGGAGAUGCGUUAGGAAAGGCUCUGGCUUCAAUCUAUUCCCCCGAUCACACCAAUAACAGCUUCUCAUCCAACCCGUCCACUCCUGUGGGAUCUCCUCCCUCGCUCACAGCUGCCAGUACGGCCGUCUGGUCCAGAAACGGUCAGGGAGCCUCGUCCCCGAGUUACGAGCCGCCGCUGCACUCGCUGCAGAGUCGUAUCGAGGACAGGCUGGAGCGGCUGGACGAUGCCAUCCAUGUGUUGCGCAGUCACGCGGUCGGUCCGUCCACAGCGAUGCCCGGCACUCACGCAGACAUGCACGGACUGAUCACUCCGUCUCACUCUCACAACGGAGCCAUGGGCGGCCUGAAUGCCGGAUACAGCGGCGGACUGCUGCCCUCCAACAGACACUCGCUCAUGGUGGGCGGCCAUCGCGAGGACGGUUUGAGGAGCGGUCACUCCAUCGUGGCCAAUCAGGUGUCAGUACCGCAGCUUCCUGUGCAGUCGGCCACUUCCCCCGACCUCAGCCAAUCCGAUCCGUACAGGGCGCUCUCCGGCGGUCUGCAGGGUCAGAGCACCUCGUCUGUGAGCUCAGAGAUCAAAUCUGAAGACGAGGGAGAUGAAAACCUGCAGGACGGCAAAUCUCUGGACUCCAAGAAGGAGGACAUGGACGGCAAGGAUCUGAAAGCUAUAGAGAGCAACAACGACGACGAGGACCUGACCCCGGAGCAGAAGCUGGAGCGGGAGAAGGAGCGGCGCAUGGCUAAUAACGCGCGGGAGCGUCUGCGAGUUCGCGACAUCAACGAAGCCUUCAAAGAGCUGGGCCGCAUGGUGCAGCUGCACCUGAAGAGCGACAAACCCCAGACCAAACUGCUCAUCCUGCACCAGGCCGUCGCUGUCAUCCUCAGCCUGGAGCAGCAGGUCCGAGAGCGCAAUCUCAACCCAAAGGCGGCGUGUCUGAAGAGACGGGAAGAGGAGAAGGUGUCGUCGGAGGGUGCUCCUCUCUCAUUGGCCGGCGGUCACCACAGCAUGGGCGAGGCGUCCAAUCCCAUGGGACAAAUGUCGAAGCUGCCAGAAUUCAUCAAAAUGAUGAGCGAUCACUUUCUUUGACAGCGUCAUUUCUGCCCCGACCGUCAGUCAAACAAUCAAUCAAUCGAACGAACGAACGAACGAACGAACAAACUUCCAUCCGACCGACCGACCAACUCCUGCGUGUUCCCGUUCCUGACUGCGUCUGUGAGGAUUUCUCCUGUAAAUUAGGGAGCGGCGCCGGAUUCGUUGUGCAUAUCUUCCUCCAAGCAUUCCCUGUUGCAAAAGAAGACGUUUUUAUGUACGAACACACACAAAAACAAAAAGACCGACGGGCGAUUCUUCAAACAUAUCAUGAUGUUGUGGAGGUGUGGAGAGCAGCCGUCUGAUUUCAAUGGCAAUCCUGUCCACACUGUGGAACUUUUGUAGCUGUGCCUCACGGAACUCCUUUACGGAAAAAUAGAAUUAGGAAAUUCCCAAUCAGUCGGGACGAGAGGAGCUGUCAAUCAAACGACCCAGACGGGAUUCGGCUGUAGAAUUUGACAAAACCCUUCAAACCUUUGCAAUAAUGUUGUUUUAGUUCCUUUGAAACCAGCAGAUCUUGACCGUUCUGGAACCGCUUUGGGCUCGUUUCGCGAACUUUUUUGCGGAUCACCUACCGAAGUCAUUUCUCUCCGUUUAUUCGUUUGUUUCUAGCCAUCGACUCUCCCGAAGCCCUCCCGGACCCCGAAGAUGCAAUUUUAACAUGUCGAAACUUCAACCAACGUGCCUUUUAGAGCUCAUAUCAUCACACAACUGGAGGAGAACAUUAUCUAGGAUGCAAGCGUAUAGGAAACGUUAGUCAUUAGGUCUAUGCAGUCAGGUUUUUUACGACCUGGAGUUUAAAAAAAAAAAAAGUAAAAAGGUAAAAAAAGUAUUUUUUGGAUAAACUGUAUUUAAUGUACUGUACGGCUAUAUGUAAUUAGAAGGUGUGUCCAGCCCCGUGUGGCCCCGCCCACCUGUCACCAUCGUUAUUGAGCAUUGUAUUAUAGAUAUCCGCUUUUACGAAUACAGGCUUGUUGUUGAGCCGCUGUAGUACAAAUGUGUGGUUGUACGUGUAAAAUGGCUUUUUCUCUUUUUUUAUCUCUCUAUUCUUCGUCUGUACUGGUUUCUCUGUCAAAAAAAAUGGAAAAAAAUGGACGGGAGGCACUGAAAGUGGACACAAAUCUAUUAGAAAAUCAAUAUAUAUAAAUGUAGAAAUAUAUACAGUAUAUAAAGAGACGGAAAGGAGUUUCACGAGGAGCGUUUUUCAUUCUGUAAAGCUGAGCGGAGACGUCCCCAACGCCAUCCGCUCCAAGAGACGUGACUCUAUUUGUCAUAAUGUCGCCGCGAACGUAACGGCGGCGAACGACGCUCUCGCGAAACCGCCGAAGAAUCGGCCGGCGAAGGGAAACACACACGGACAUUUGUAAAUUGUAUGCAACAAAUGCAAACGUACCAUUAUUUUGAAAUUGUGUAUGUAAAAGUUAUAUUUUUACAUGUAGGCUGUUGUUAUUUUGUGUUUAGAAAUGCGUUGUAUCAGUUCUUCUCUUUUGUUUUUUCAAAAAAAUACUUCAUUGUGUGUUGAAACGUGUCACAUUGAAAAUGUAGUGAGAACAAAAGCAAAAAAAAAAAAGUAUGUUUAUAUUUGCGGGAACAUUUUUUCUUUUCUAUAACGGUGGGUGGUGGGGGUCGGGAAUCAAAGCUAUACGAUUACUCUCUCAUCCUCUUUCAUCAUUACAUUGUCAUUUUUAAUUGAGUAUUUUUUGUGUAAAUAGACGCGGGUCGACGACCCGCCGUUGAUCAUGUGGCCUGGUGAGGACGUGAUUGAUUAGCGUUAACAUGUGUCAACAAUCAGACCUUAAUUUACAUUCUCACUUUUGUAAAGAGACAUCGCUGAAAGAAUCGAAAGGACGACUCGGAUGUGUUGCGCAUUUGCCACCGGCCCUCAUACGCAAAAUUUAGGCCUGAAUUUGAAGUUGCAGAUCAAAUUUGGACGACACAGUUUUAACACAAUAAACUUAAUGUGGUGCAUAUUUGUCAUACAUAAAUGAGACAAAACUGAAUGCUUUAUACAGUAUAUUUAUCAUCAAUAAACCCAAUUUAUUCCACCACAGAAAUAAAAAAUAAAGGAAAUUGCGACUUUCUGUCUUACAAUUUGGACUUUUUUCUCACAAUUCUCCAUUUGUAUCUCGAAAUUCCGGCUUUUUUCUUGCAAUUCUGACACAAUUCUGCAGUUUUUUGUUAAUAUCUCAAAAUUCUGACAUUUUUCUCAGAAAUCUUCAUUUGUAUCUCAAAAUUCUGUAUUUUUCUCUGAAUUCUUUUUGUUUGUUUGUUUCCGCCAUGAAAUAAAACAUAAAAAUUCAGAUUUUUUCAUAGAACUGUUGGGAAAAAAAGAUAUAAACUGAGAAUUGUGACUUUUUCUCGAAUAUCAGCUUUUAUCUUUCAAUUCGGACAAUUUUUUCACAAUUCUGUGUUUGUAGCUCGCAAUUCAAUUCUUUUUUUCAUCGGAAUUCUGCAUUUGUAUCUCUAAUUUCUGAUUUUUUUCUCUGAAUUCUUUUCGUUUGUUUGUUUCCGCCAUGGAAUAAAAAAUAAAUAAAGGAAAUUGCGACUUUCUGUCUUACAAUUUGGACUUUUUUCUCACAAUUCGCCAUUUGUAUCUCAAAAUUCUGGCUUUUUUCUUGCAAUUCUGACAAAAUUCUGCAGUUUUGUGUUAAUAUCUCAAAAUUCUGACAUUUUUCUCAGAAAUCUUAAUUUGUAUCUCAAAAUUCUGAAUUUUUCUCUGAAUUCUUUUUGUUUGUUUGUUUCCGCCAUGAAAUAAAACAUAAAAAUUCAGAUUUUUUCAUAGAAUUGUUGGAAAAAAAAGAUAUAAACUGAGAAUUGUGACUUUUUCUCAAAUAUCAGCUUUUAUAUCUUUCAAUUCUGACUAUUUUUUCACAAUUCUCGCAAUUCAGUUCUUUUUUUUCAUCGGAAUUCUGCAUUUGUAUCUCUAAAUUCUGAUUUUUUUCUCUGAAUUCUUUUCGUUUGUUUGUUUCCGCCAUGGAAUAAAAAAAAAAAAAGGUAAUUGUGACUUUUUAUCUCGGAAUUGCAAGAAAAAAUCUGAAUUUUGUGAUAAAAUUCUUUUUAUCCUUGAAAUAAGCUUCCAUAUAAUUCUGUUUGUUCCACAGUAGCCAUAUUUUAUAUAUUAACUAAACAAAUUGAAUUGUUUUCGCAAUGAACAGAUUUAUGCUGAUUUUAAUCAAUGUGAAUAAAUGCAUUUUAUUUAUUUAUCGAUGUCAUUAUUUUUUGUACAGUAUGUUUUAAAAAUAGUAUGACUGACAGAGAUGCAUCACAUUUUGUUUAUGUGCUAAAACUCUCAAUCCAAAUUUUAUAUAGCAUAAAUCAUAAAUUAAGGCCUAAAUAUGUUUGUUUUUUUUAAUGCAGAAUCGCAACAUGCACAAUGUCAUGGGUUUUUCUACUUGAUUUGCAGGUUCAAAUGAUUGCCGAAAACACUCCAGCAAAAGCCUAGUAUUGAAAAGUGUGGUACAUCUGUACUUUUGCAUUGCUUCAGACAUGCUAGUGUUCUUGUCCUUCAGUAAAUUUUGAACAUCUGAAGUUGUAUUUUGCCAGUGCUAAAGAUGUUUGACUAAUUCUGUCCUUGUGCCACAUCAUGUUGUUGUAGCCAAUUGAAUUAUAUGAUUGCAGUGGAAAAGAUGAUGUUUUCCUCUUGGUUGUUCAUAAUGUACAUACUUGUUCUUGCUUUUAUGAACUGAUUUUUUUUAGUCCAAUGCAGAACUGAACUGUAAGCGAUCUUUUCCAUCCUCAGAAAGCAAACCUGGGCAGUGUCAUCUCUGUUUAUUUAAGUGCUCCUCACGUGGAGGAUUGUGAGAUAAAGAUUAUUUGACGCAAA